GAAGAGAAAAUAAAGAGAGGGAAAGAGAAGAGAGAGGAAAACCCCUCAGGAUUUCGAGGGAAUACUGUAAUAACUUCCACAGAUCCUCCUCAUUCGCGGGGAGCCUGCCCGCUACAUACACUUUUUUUUAUUACCGCCGGUGACCUCUCCCGUAAUGCACGUUGAUUCACGACCCCAGCUGUGCGGAGCGAGUUAAUAUUCUACCCGGGAGAACAGGCGCAGAGCUCUGUCAUUGGUCGGUCGUUUAUUGGCUACACUGUUUCCCUGCAAGCUUGCCAACCCCACCGCGGCUCCUCAGUCUGUAACCUUCUUAUUUAUUACAAACAGAGCUGGUAUAUGAUAUUCGCCGUUAUAAUGCAUCUUCUCUUGCUGUUUCCAGUUGGAAUUGGAGUUCUACGCAACUGAGCUUGGAUGGGAAGAAACUAUUCGGUUGGAAUGCUGGAGACUAUGUAUCCACUGUCCGAAAUGACUUUAUGAUCUACCGAGGCUCUAUCCACCUCUCUCUUUAAUAACAGCAAAAAGCCAACGCACUUUCGAGGAGUAACUAUUAUUGACUUGUAUCAUAUACCGAAUGGAGUAAUAUUGACCCUAUAAUGUUCCUCAACGUUUGUCGAGUCGAAAACGGAGCUGCAUAUGAUUAAACACGAGAUGAGACUGUGUUAUAUUGCAUGGUUAACGGUUUACACGUAUCGUUUACAUUUCAUUCAAGUCGGUGGCUCUUGAUGUUCUCAUUUCAACGAGCUUGUUGUGAAUGCUUGAGCGGAUUACGUUGGAUAGAAAAAAAGCCGACAGCUUAAUUCAUCUCGCCAUUCGAACAGUGUGUGCGCGACAAGCAAACCAGACAGACGUGUGAUCACAAAUCGGCGCUAAAACUAAUUUCAAGUUUUCUCUGCUCUAUAUCAAACUCGACUUGAGAUUGCGUGCUGUGGGUGGAGAAGGAGGAGGAGGAGGAGGAUUCUUCUGAUGCAGGCCAGGAUUUGUGAGCGUCGAGACCUCGUAAUAAGGAACACAUGUGAAAUAGGAGCGGGAUCAACUGUAAAGUGAUACCCCGAGUGGCGUGUAGAGAGCUUUCAAGGUGAAACCCCAAUUUGAGGAAACGUAAGACAGACAUGAGAGACUUGAGUAUGUAGCUUUAUAUUAUACCAACGAUUGUGAAUUCAGCUUGAAGUAACUUAUCGUCGCGGUGAAUGAACUGAGAUUGAUUAUAAACGCAGCUAAAGUCAUCUCACAUUGCAUGGAGAACGAUUUCGAAUUCUGACGGGGGAUAUUUGAAGGUUUGGUGAGGAAAUCAAUCGGUUGUUAUGGCAACGUGGAGCCUUAUCCUUCGUGUUUUCUUGAUGUGGGGUUGGUGUUGUGGCAGCUAUGGGCUUGGUGUGCGUCAUGGAAACACACAGGGACAUUGCGAGAGGAUCACCAUUGAUUUCUGUCAAGGAAUCGGGUAUAACAUGACGAAGAUGCCCAAUCUGUUCGGACACGUGACGCAGAGUGAAGCAGCGAGCAUUCACGAGUUCCAUCCCCUGGUCGUCGUCGGAUGCGCCGAGCAUCUUCGACUGUUCCUGUGCUCGAUGUACGCACCGAUGUGCUCCGAGCACAUUGAUAUCCGCAUCCCAUCCUGUCAGAGCAUGUGUGACGAUGUGAGACGGAAGUGUGAGCCGGUGAUGGCCCGUUUCAGUUUCAGCUGGCCUGAGAGUAUGAACUGUGACAAGCUACCUCGAGGAAAAGACCUGUGCAUGGUCGCCCCCGACACCGCCGAUGUCGGAGACACCAUCCCGACCUACGAACCCAACUUCAAUUUCGGAGGGCCUGAUGAUAACAUCCCAUCCGGCCCAUCCGCUGGAGAUGGACAGAGGGAAUCGAAUGCAUCGUCAUCAGCGCCACCAACUUGCACCAAUCCUCAGAAGUUCGUCUUCGUCUCGCAGACGAACUCUUGUGCGCCGAGGUGCGAUGUCGACGUGUACUUCCAGCGAUCCGACAAGGAAUUCACGGAGAUGUGGAUGGGUGUCUGGGCCAUCCUGUGCUUCGUUUGUACCUCCAUCACCGUCCUCACUUUCCUCAUCGAUCGAGGUCGUUUUAAAUACCCAGAAAGACCCAUCAUCUUCUUAUCAAUGUGCUAUAAUAUCUAUUCUAUCACCUACAUUGUUCGUCUCAUCGUCGGACCACAGGCCGUUGCUUGCGAGAAGACGUCAAGUGGUGUCCCAUAUUUGAUUCAAGAAGGACUAGACAGCACUGGAUGCACCAUCGUGUUCCUGGUUCAGUACUACUUCUUCAUGGCGUCGUCGAUUUGGUGGGUGAUCCUGACGUUGACGUGGUUCCUGGCAGCGGGAAUGAAAUGGGGCUAUGAAGCGAUAGCGGCUUAUAGUAGCUACUACCACGUCGUGGCAUGGGCCUUGCCAGCUUUAAAGGCCGUCAUCGCCCUCUUCAAACGUCGACUCGACGCAGACGAACUCACAGGAAUGUGUUAUAUUGGAAACCACGAUCCUGACGUUCUUACCUACUACGUUCUCGUCCCGCUCUUUAUUUAUUUCGCUAUUGGGACUCUUUUUAUUCUUGCGGGAUUUUUCUACUUAUUUAGGAUUCGCAAAGUCAUGAAAAAUGGCGGCACCAAUAUUGACAAGUUGGAGAGGCUAAUGGUUCGCAUUGGUAUCUUUUCAGUACUCUACACAGUGCCUGCCACUGCAGUUAUUGCUUGCUAUUUCUACCAGAGAUCGAACAUGGAAUACUGGAGGAUUGUAGCGGAGCACGCCCCAUGUCGACCCCUGCCCCCAGAACAAGGUGGGGGUUGCGCCCCCAUGGAUUAUUCCAUCCCGUCCGUCCCUGUGUUAUCAGUGAAACUCUUCAUGUUACUCGUCGUGGGUAUCACGAGUGGCAUGUGGAUUUGGAGUUCAAAAACCGUGCAAUCGUGGCAGAAAUGGCUUGGCGGAUGUGCCCUUUUUUCACCAGCACAAAAAUCGUCAUUUCAACAGCAGCAGUUAAAGCAGCAGCAGCAGCAGCAGCAGUUUCCAAAUGGGGGAACGCCAAACAAAGAAAACAGGCCCACGACGCCCCGGGGGAAGUACCCAACAAUAAAUGGCAACAACAGAAGCACGGGGAUCGUUUACAGCUCUGUGAACGCAGGCAGCGCCAUUGUAUGACGCUUGAAAGGGAUACGCACUCCAAAGAGUUUUUCCUUCAUUUUUAAAGAGAGAUUAAAUGUAUAUUGUGUUCGCAAACGGCUAUUAAACCAUCGAGUGGUUUUUCUUACGACAACGGCCACAUGUUAUUAUUCCCGUUGUCGACCCUUCGUGUAAAUCUAAAAAAAGACAUCUCGUUUUUAUAGCUUCUUGUAAUGUGAUUACAUUGAGACUGUAUUAUAGGAUGCAUUUUGUACUUAUUUGAUCUGCAUGUAAAAUGGGACAGUUUUGUUGUCUGAAAUGAUUCUUUAUACGUUGCAAAUUGUGUUUUAAGAAUACGAUGUCAAAUUAUGCAGAUAGAUUAUUGAGUUUGCCAAUGAAGUGAGGUCUACUUUAGCUAAAUUAAAAUAGUAAUGGUCUACUAUGUUUGUUGAGGUUGCUAGAAUUUUCAUUUUGGAAAAUGGCAUUCGAAUAGCAUUCAAGCAAGGUUACAAUCUGUUUUCGUUUUAUUAUUGCCUAUAUUUCCCAAAUUCACACCCAGUUCCUUUUAUUUUUGUUUUGUGAGAUUUAUGUCCACCCUUUUCUUUAAAACACUUGUUACUAUUUGUUUAGAUUGCUCACAUUUUAGAUUGGGAAUCGGGAAAUGAAAGUAUACACGAUAUACUUUUUCCUCUCACAGGGUGUAUUUUUUGUUCAACACUCCCAAAUCCACGACACCACCUUUAAUUUCCCCCAUUUUUGUUUUCUUCAUUUGAAGUGAGGCAUUGGACUUGGUCUUCGAAUCAUCCUCCUAAUCCUCUGCAUCCAAUCAGAGUUAUCAAAUCGAUUCCAGGGCUGAAAAGAACUCACUGAAAGCUGGCCGAAUGAAUUUCAUACCUCACUGACCCCCUCUCCCUGUUCACGCCUUAAUUGAUCCCCACAGCGUAAACCCCAAUACCACUUGACAAUGACAUUGGUAUAACCGGAUUUCACACUUGGGCCACCUGUAUACGUUUACAACGCCACUCCAACGUUUUCACCCCGCUGUGAUUUUUAUCAAAGUGGGUCCUUUCAGGAGCAAUGGCGUACUCCCUUUUGGUUUUCUUGUUCAUUUAUUUCAAUUCUCUCAAUUUCCCCUUAACCCCCACGUCUUCAUUUUCAUUUUCUUGUUGCCAUUUAAUAUCCAAGCCUUAUGGAUUUUCCGCUCAAGUAGAUGCAAAAUAAUUUGUGAAAAGGAUUUUGGAAUCAAACCUUAAGCGCCUUGCCAACCACCAGCACUGAUUGAAUAAGAAACGAUUGGAUAGGCGCUGACCCUAUUUCUUUUAUCAAGAAUAUUUCUCCUCCUGGUCGUUCGUUAUAUGUACAACAAAAAAGUGCUGGGGGUAUCAUUCAAUUAAUAUCUCACACUUCUCUCACAGUAUGUCAUUCUAUUCAUUGGCAGGAGAAUAAAGGUGCAUUACACAAACAUAGUUCGACUAGCUAAUCAAUUCAAAUAGACUAUCUGCUUAUUAAACAUUGAUCAGUUAGUUCGGUCACUUUCGAUGGGCCCCCUGCCGCCCUCACAAAACUACAAAGCAUCCGCCGAUAACAAAUCAAUAGACCAUUGGCAUGUAUUUCCAUUAGCUACAUUACACUCGAGUCAUGGGGCGGCUGUCUUUGUAUAUCAAGUGAAAAGAACCGAUAACGAAUAAUAAAUGACACGUUAUUUGUUCGACUGCAGCCCCUAUCAAAACACGGCUGGUAUUGAAAUCAAAUUUGGCAAAAAUUGUCAUAUUUGAUGUCAGCAUCGUUGCCAUGGUGCCCAUGAAUGUUUCAGUGUUGUUGGUUUUUGCCGCUUUGUUGUAAUGGAAAGCGGAAAUUACCUAUAUAAUUCAAAUUUAAUUGACAUUAUUAUCUCCCAGGCAAAAAUAUUACAAUGUUAUUAUCGGUUCCCAUCACAGUAUUUAUUUUAAAGAACUGUAGAGCUUCAUUAUCCUCACCCACCAAUGUUCAUUAUUAAUGAAUUGUGAAUGUCAUUUAUUUUGAAUAUACAAAGUUUACUUCGUUGCCUUCAUACAUCCCUGAAUAUAGAUUGAAAUUGAAUAUGGUUCAUUAUACUGCUUUCGAUAUAAUCCUGUUUAUAUACUCCUAAAUUCAACAAUCGCAUGCGAAAAUUAUGAAUACUCUGUCCCAAGCUCAAGAAACGAAGCAAGAUUUUAAUCUUUUUUAAAAGUCGUCGACCUGCAUACAAAAGAUACAGAGUCAUACAAAUCUAAUCGUCAACUUGAUUUGCAAUAAUUGUGCUAGUGUACAAUGAUCCGUACCACAAUAAUUUAAUACACGUAUCUGUGUGGGUCGUGUCCAAGAAGAAGAAAAGUAAUGUGUUCGAAAUACUGCGAUAUAUAUGUGAAAUAAUAAUGCAUACAUAUAUGUGAAAUAAUAAUGCAUAAAUAUAGGUAACGAUUUUCAUUCAGCCCUUACUGAUCCGAGUAUUUAAUACGAAUUUUUGGAAUACAAUUGCCCUUUACGUGAUCUGUAAUUGCAACCCCAAGGUCUUAGGUUUUCACAAAUUCACAGCAUGAUCUUAAACCUUUAUAGAGAUUGAUUCAUGAACUAAUUUGGGAGAGCAAUCAACCAAAUGAAUCUCCAUAAUUGAUAUGAGCUUUUUCUGAUUGAGCUGGGUAUAAUUUAUAUCGAUGGAUAUAUAUAAUUUACGAACACGAAUCGUGCUCUUCUCAAUCAUGAUCCAAGCGUCUCUGUAACUUGUUCAUUAGUAAAACGCGUUAUUAUUCAAAAUAUAUAACAUUACAAAUGAUAUGUUUUAUUGUGAGUGGAAAUGUGCAUGGAUGGUGGUGAAUUCCGUUGCUAAGUAGAUAUAUAUACUUAAAAUAAAACACCGACGAGGAGUCGGACUUUGAAGGUUAAAACAUUGUUAUUAGACCGGCAAGAGAAUGUUAUUCAUGUAAACUCUAUACCAAUGGCGUAUAAAACAUACAAUGGGGUCGGCUAAGGCACCCCCCCCCCCUCAUUUUCGAAGGCCGGGGAAAAAAACCAAAAGCAACAAUAACAUUUUCCAAGUGACUCUGUACGGAAAGGGGUACAUCAUCCCACCCUUCUCCCCCCCCCCCCUCCCCACACCCCAUGACACUUCCCCCUAUUUCUAGAUACGUCUGCUCGAUGGUGUAAAUCAAUGAGCCCCUGCCGCCCCUGUCUCAUGUCACGUUUUUGGUUAUUUCUGGAUACCCCUGCUCGAUGGUUAAUUGGUUAUAUUAAACAUUUAAAAACGAUUGAAAAUUUGAUUGCUUUAAAAUGUUACAAUCUCAUUACCAAUCGCAAUACGAUGUUGGUUUCAAAUGUUGUAAUUCAUUAAACUACAGUAUAUGUAUCCAAUAAUUUUGUAUUAAAUGAAUGCGAUGGGCUGUUUUUAAUUCUCAACAAUAGUAGCCGAACCCAUUGAACUAACGAGCAGCCGUCAUGGUUUAGUCUCGAAAAUUAUUUGUCAUGUACAUGUAUUUAUGUUUGUACUGGUGUGCGCUACAUUUGCUUGUUGAUACGGUUUUUUUCACUGUUUUAUCACGCUCUUUGUGACGAUUUACAAGUGCUUGUUUUUAAACGUUGGCUACAUAAUCUAGUCAUCCAAAACAAUGCAAACACAUCCUUAUCUUUAUUUCACCUUUGUCAGAACCUCUAUCGCAGUGUAAUUGCUCGCCCUUUGGAACAAGCCCCUUUGAACAGCCAUUUUCUCGAAUGCAUUUAUCAAGCUUCGAUUCUUCUUUAUUGCCCCGACUGGCAGAAAUGACAAGGUUAAAUGAAAAAACCGAUUUAGAAGUCAUUUCUUGCACAAAAGCCGCCCCUGCAUUCAAAUGCAUAUUGGGUCGACCGACACACUGUACUAUAUUGCACACAGUAUAAGGUGCCGCUUAACAGGUCUGCGACUGCAUGCAGUAUCACUGUGCACAAAAAGCAACUAUUAAGCCUUAUGUGACUGAAUCAAUAUUUCGAGUUUGAUUUUGACUUGGAAAUGCAUUUGAAUUUUUUAAAUCCACAUUAAUAUGGACUUGUUUUAAACCUAAUCCAAUUACAUUUUGCUUGAGCUGGUGCCAGGAAAUUAUCUUAUUUUUGCUCAUUGUUAUUAACGGUUGAAAACUGUGUUUCUCGAAUGUCAAACAUACUUUUACAGAAUAAUACAAUACAUGUGGUUACUUGAAGUGAAAUGAACCAAAUGACAGAUAUUUGUUGCCAUGACAUGAUACCUUGUUGUUUUUUAAAUUGGCUCGUUAUAGAUGACAUGAGAAUUCAAAAUACAUGUAUACAUUAUACAAGUGAUAACUACUCUGAUCUUGUUUUUUGUUGCAAACGAUACAUGUAUUUAUUUUAUGUAUUUAGUUUGUGUUGACCUUUGAUAAAGUAAUCAUCAAACCAAUGUAAUUUAUCUCACAAUGCUGGCAUUCCAUUCACAAUACAUGCUUAAAUAUCACAACAAAGCUAACUGUU